GAUAUUACGAUAUUAUCCAUUUUUAAUAUUAAUUUAUGCGUUUCAUGUAUUUCAGUGCCACCAAAAAGCAAAGUUUGGACUUUUUUUAUUAAAACAACAGACGGAGGAGUUUGUAAAAUAUGCAAUAAAAAUGUAGCAUCAGGUGGAACUACUAAUUUAAAAAAUCACCUACUGCGCCAUCAUAAAAAUAUUCCAUAUAACAGAGAAACGCAAGUGUCAAUUGCUACUGUGGAUUCUACGGAAUAUGUAAACGUGGAAUCCACAGCAAUGGAUGAUUCAAUUGAUAUUGAUGAUCCUUCAAUUGUACAAAGCAGCGAAAAAGCAGAGAAUUCAAUGCAGACUGAAGCAGUAAUCCCUAACCAAUCAACUGCAUCGGUACAAAAGCAGCGAUUUAAGAAUGCUAAGACAUCGAAGUCUUAUGGCAAUCACUCAAUACAACCACGAAUUGAUAGAUCCCUCGAGAAAAUAAAGUCUUUUGAAGUUGGAGGAAAGAAAGAAGCACAACUCAUCAAUGCAAUUACUUUCAUGAUCGCAAAGGAUAAUUUACCGUUAAAUACCGUUGACAAGGAAGGUUUCGCAUAUUUUUGUAAGAUCGCGUGUCCUCUUUUUAAAUUGCCUGGUCGUAAACAGAUUACAAAUGCAAUUAAAUCUAAAUAUGAGAUUUUAUCCACAAUAAUUAAACAAAAAAUUUCUACUGCUAAAAAUGUAACAAUUACUGCCGACGUUUGGACAGAAACAAUGAACACAGUCAGUUUUUUAGGUUUAACCGCACAUUUUCUUUAUAAUGAGGAACUUGAUUCUGUUACGAUCGGAGUUUUCAAAUUAGAUGAACGUCACACUUCCGAAUACUUAUCAGCAAAAAUGAAAAUGAUAUGUGAUGAUUGGCUUAUAGAUCUUUCAAAUGUUCACGCUGUCGUUACAGAUAACGCUUCGAACAUAACUGCAGCUGUUAGAGACUUAUUUGGCAAAAAUAAACAAUUACCCUGCUUUGCUCACACCGUGAAUCUCGUUCCUGCAAAAUUAUGCGAAAAAGUAUCUGAUUUAAAAGACAUAAUUGAUAAAGUUAAGGCGAUAGUUACUUUCUUUAAACACAGUGUGGUAGCAGCCGAUGAAUUUCGUAACGCGCAAAAUUUAAAUGCAUCUAAUGCUCCAUUAAAAUUAAUUCAAGAAGUGUCUACGCGAUGGUCAUCUCUAUAUUAUAUGCUCGAAAGAUUUGUUUUGUUAAGUGAUCCUGUAAGUUCAGUAAUGUUAAAAUUUAAAAAAUCCCCGCCAAUGCUAUCUGGUUUUGAACUUGCUAUUCUUCAAGAAGUUCUAAAAUUGUUAAAACCAUUCGAGGUUAUAACAAAAGAAAUUUCCGGUCAGAAAUUUGUUACAUGCAGCAAAGUAAUUCCUAUGAUUCAUUGCUUACGAAAUCAAUUAACAGAAUUAAAACCAGAAUCCGAUGUUAGUAAAAAACUUAAAAACUAUCUUUUGAGCAAAGUUGAAAACAGGUUUCAAUCUAUUGAAAAACAAAAUCUUUUAGCAUUUGCAACUAUACUCUAUCCAAGGUUUAAAAAAAUUCAUUUUCGGGAUGCAUUAGCGUGUAGUUCAGUUUUGCUUAAAAUUAAUAAUAUGUUACGCGAACUUAAUGUAGAAAAGAAUGCCAGCGAUAUAGAAAAUGAACCAAACGUUGACAGUGCAAUUGAAGAAUCAAGCUUAUGGAAUUUUCAUUACGAUUUAGUAAACAAAUCCAAAACUCAAUUGAGCUGUAAUGAAGAAUCUUUCCUACAUAUUGAUUUACAAUAUUACUUCAGUCAAAAUGUUCUUCCACUGAACGCUGAUCCAAUUAAGUUUUGGAUUUCACAAAAAAAUUCCGCACCAAACUUAUCCUUCAUUGCUUUAAAAUAUUUGUCGGCUGUUACAACAUCUGUGCCGUCUGAACGAAUGUUCUCAUGCACUGGAAAUAUAAUGAGUGACAAUAGAAAUAGAAUUACGGGGGAACAUUUAACAGAAUUAUUAUUUUUACGUUCUUUAAAGUUUUCGGAUUGGCAGCUGGCACUUGAAUAACUGUUUAUUGACAAUUAAGGACCAAUUGCACAUUAUAAAAAAUAUAUAUUACGACACUUACUCUUACUUCAACGUUUUUAUGUACAAAUAUGUACGUAAAUCCUGCUUUAAAUAAUCCGAUAGAAAUCGUUUUUUAUGGAACUUUUUAAAUUAACCUAAAUGUUCCCUUAUAUAAUAUAUGAAUUUUGCCUUAUAUGAUAAUUAAAUUUUGCGUUCUAAUUUAGUUGUAAGAAAAUGUUUCAAUGCGUUAACUAUCUAUCUCUCAGAUAUUCUAUGUAAUUUUAAUUUAAUUCAAGUUCUAAUAAUAAAUUUGUAUAAUUUCGUA